UAAACCUUAACAUAACUACGAGUCGAAAAGAAACCUAUGGCCGGAGCCAUGAGAACUCUGCUCUGUUCUUCGAAAAUCCCCGCCCUCUCCGACCCCAUCUCCUCGAUAUCCUCGAACAAACCCCGGUUCCUCACUCCCUCACCCAUCCUCUUACGCCCACAGAAGCCGCCGGCGGGGGCGGGGAGAGUUCGAGCCAAUGCCAAGGGAUUCUCAGGGCCGAGCCACACGCCCACCGCGAAGGUCGGCGGCGGUGGUGGCGGAGCGGGAGAUGAGGAGGAACAGAUCCCGCAGGUGGUGUACGAGAGGAUGAUGGUGCGGAUAGUGGGGUUCGUGGGGGUGCCGAUGGCGGCGGGGAUAGGGUUGCUGCACGUGCUCGGGGUGGUGAAGGAGCGGGGGCUGUGGGAGGUGCCGCUGUGGGUGCCGUUCCUGACGACGCUGGUGUGCUUCGGGGCGUCGGCGCUCGGGAUCGCGUACGGGACGCUGUCGAGCAGCUGGGACGCGGAUAGGACCGGGUCCGUUCUCGGGUUCGAGGAGGCCCAGAGGAACUGGGCCGAGAUGUGGAGUGACGAAGGCGACAGCUAACGGGCCUGAGUGGUCUCGCACGUGGCCCCUCCCACCGCACGUGUCUGAGGAUUUAUGUUUAUCCCAUUACUCCUUUUUUUUUCCCGAACUUUUUUCUCUGGUAAGAGUCGUGAGACCACAAUGUAUCGGUUAGGAGUUUUUUUUUUCCCUGCAUUGUAUUUGUGUAAAUAGGAAGAUAUAAUUAAAUGCAAUCAAUAUAAUCCUCGGUGGCUCCUACUUGCAACAAAA